AUGCGACGCGGAAAGAUGGAGGGAGGGAUAUCUGUGCUGGACCAAAGCGCAUGCGCAGUUUGGGAUUUUUUUAACGGUGUCGUCGUACUGAUUAGUCACCUGAUUGAUCGCUGAGGGGGGCGUGGUCAGUGGUUUCAGAGGCUUGUGGUCGGUUACUAUCGAUCUGGCGCUGAGAUUGUACGGUUGCCGCCACCACAGCCCCACCGCACCUUGUGGCCGCACCCUAAGGGUAUGUCAUCAGUAGGUCCGGCGACAAAGCUCCGCAAUGUUCAGCUUUUUCCGGAAAAGCCAAGAUACAAAGAAACAUCCGGUGUCGGACAAAGAGACUGAUGGUUUUGUUUUCUUGGGACAGACCCCGGCUGAGCGGAGGGACUCCACUCCCCCAUUUCCUAGCAGUGAUCUACCCUACAAUCUACCCUACAAUCUGCCCUACCAGCUGCCGCCAGGAAACUUCUCACAAGUGAACAGCCCUGACUCUGGUUCUGCCAAGGUGGCCAGUCAGAUCGCAGAAGGGAACUCGACCAUGGCCGACUUGCUGAACGACAUCCCCUUUAUCCUGGCCCCCCAGGUUCAGGAGGUACAGAACAUCUGCCAUGAACUUCCGGAGCCGGUCGCCGUAUACAGCCUGGAUGAGACGUUCGCCAGAUUCCAUUAUGACUUCACCCUGGAGAACUCUGUGCUGUGUGGACUCUGAGCCCUCGCUGCCUCCGUUCUCACCCGUUCAGGCACUUUAAGAUUUUUUUAUUUUUUAUUUAAUUUUAUCCAUUUGUAUGGCGCAGACACAUGCUGCAGCGCAGUACAGAGAGGGUCAUCACUCACAUCGGCCCUGCUCUCUACUGGGGCUCACGUUCUAGAUUGUGAUCACUUCUUUUCACGUUUGUGAUGCUGCUAUUGAAGAAAUAUUACCACCCACUAACAGCCUGAUGGCACCGCCAUCACGGACUCCCUACACAUCCUCUUCUUCACCAACAGUGAUAAAUGUUAUGUUUUCAUUAGACUAUGGUGUAAGUGACAGAGGUGGUGGACAGCGUCUUUAUAUGAGUUUCAGUGGUAAUGGAUUGGAUCACGUUAUUUUUAGCUGUCUGCAGAACUGAAACCGCAAUCGUUAUUUAUUCAAUAUAGAAUUCAUCUACAUAAAUAGUUCAGUCACUGUG